CAACAGCAGCCUUUCAGACAAGAGAUGCUUCUGGCAAACCUCACAAAUGCACUGGAAGAUGGCAUACACAGCUAUCCACUGUCAUUACUCCACUACUCCUUGAUCCAGGUCCCUGAACUCAAAGUUUAAAGGAGUGGAAAUAGGAGCCAAAAAUACACUGAACCAAGAAGAGUCAAAAGAGCGAUACAAGAAGUGAAUUCUCUGAAAAUGGCCUCCCUGAGCUCCAGCCUCUGGAAUGAAACCACUACAUCCGUUUAUCAGUACUUGGGUUUUCAAGUUCAAAAAAUUUACCCUUUCCAUGAUAACUGGAACACUGCCUGCUUUGUCAUUCUACUUUUAUUUAUAUUUACAGUGGUGUCUUUAGUGGUGCUGGCUUUCCUUUAUGAAGUGCUUGACUGCUGCUGCUGUGUAAAAAACAAAACUGUGAAAGAUUUGAAAAAUGAACCUAAUCCUCUUAGAAGUAUGAUGGACAACAUCAGAAAACGUGAAACUGAAGUGGUCUAGCGCUCUGCAUGAGAUGAACAAAACCUUUCAAGACUGCCUUCAAUUUUUGAGAAAAAAAAAAUUUCUGAGGCCAACUGUUAUGACUGACUU